AGGCUCCAGCAAUCUCCGCAUAGUAUUCAAGCUAGGUGGCAGCGCCAGUAAUAUAUCAGCCACCGAACGGAGUGACGCCGACAGCAGCGAUGGCGAAGACAAUGACAGUAGUGGGGCCGUGGGCGUAUCACGCAAACCCACUAUCGAGCACAGGAACGCCGAUGACAGCUCAUCCAAUUGCAAUACACACAACAAACCACAUACAAACACGGUGAUCAAACUCAAGCUGCAGCCGGCCUCGCCCGGAGAGGAUGGGACUAGUCGGAAGCGUGCGCGUGCGCAGAGUGAGGAGUCGGUGGGAGGUGGUAAGAAGAGACGGUCUAGAGGCACAUCGCCUGCUGUGCCGAAUACUGGCCUUACUGUGG